AUGGAGAUACCAGACUCGGAUGAGGGCAAACUCGAACCGCAUGGAAAGCUAGAAAGGGUUAACCUGACAGGAAUAACACCAAGAUCGGUCCAAAUAGGCGCAACACUGCCUAAACCAAUAAAACAGGAGAUAACCGACAUGCUAAUCAGGAACGAGGUCGAAUUUGUUAACACCCUAGGCGAGAUAGAAGGGGUUGACCCGGCAAUAAUAUCACAUAAACUAAAUGUUGAUCCAAAGCACAAGCCAGUCAAACAAAAGAAAAGAGCCUUCGCAGUAGACAGACAAAUCGCCAUCAGAGCCGAAGUAUACAAAUUACUAGCAGCUGGUUUUAUCAGAAGAGUGUAUUACCCGGAAUGGCUAUCAAAUGUCGUGCUCAUAAAAAAGCCAAAUGGGAAAUGGAGAUUGUGCAUAGACUUCACAGAUCUGAACCGAGCAUGCCCCAAAGACAGCUACCCCUUGCCAAACAUUGACCAACUGGUCGAUUCAACCAGCGGUUACGAAGUCUACUCAUUCAUAAACGCGGCUCAAGGAUAUCGCCAGAUCCCAAUGCACAAAGAUGAUGAAGAGAAAACAAGCUUUGUAACCGACAUCGACACAUACUGUUACAAACAAAUGCCAUUCGGAUUAAAAAAUACAGGGGCAACUUAUCAGCGAUUAAUGAAUUUCGUAUUCAAAGACCAGAUCGGGCGUAACAUGGAAGUUUAUGUCGACGACAUCAUCGUCAAGUCCAAAAAGGUAGAAGAUCAUGCAAAAGAUCUAGAAGAAGUCUUCACCAAGCUUAAAAAAUACAAACUCAAGCUAAAUCCGGACAAAUGCGCAUUCGGAGUACCAGCAAGAAAAUUUAUCGGUUACCUCAUCUCUCAAAAAGGCAUUGAAGUAAACCCGGAGAAAACAAAAGCAAUUUUGGAAAUGAAGGAACCAAAGUCAGCUAAAGAAGUUCAGAAACUCAACGGAAGAAUCACGGCUCUCGGUCGAUUCGUGUUUAACUCGGCCAAAAGAUGUCUCCCGUUCUUCAAAACAUUAAGAAAUGUGAAAAAAUUCGAGUGGACCGAAGAAUGCCAACAAUCUUUUGAAGAGCUCAAGAAAUUCCUGAGUUCACCACCACUACUUGGAAGACCUGAAACCGGAGAAUUAUACCUAUACCUAAGUGUCACUAAUGAAACAGUGGCAUCGGUACUAGUAAAGGAAGAGGCAUCCGAGCAAAAGCCGGUAUACUACACGAGCAAGGUGUUGAAAGGACCCGAGCUCAGAUAUAGCAAAAUCGAGAAAUUUGCAUUAGCAUUAGUCUUAACAGUCGAAAAACUAAAAAGAUAUUUUCAGGCUCACACAAUAAUAGUCCGGACAAACCAACCUCUGAGAAAAGCGCUCGCAAGACCGGAAACAUCAGGACGACUAAUCAACUGGUCGGUCAUGAUAGGAUCAUACGACAUCAAAUACGAACCACGAACAGCCAAGAAAGCUCAAAUCCUGGCCGACUUUGUAGCAGAAACAACAACACACGAUCAACUUACCGAAGUAAACAAGGGCCUGGUCAGCUGGACGCUACAAGUAGACGGAGCAUCAAACAUGACCGGAGCAGGAGCAGGCAUGGUAUUAAGAGGGCCACAUAAGAUAAAAAUGCAAAACUCGAUCCAUCUCAACUUUCCGACAACCAACAAUGCAGCAGAGUACGAAGCCUUGAUAGGUGGGUUAAGGAUGGCAACGGUAGUCAAGACUGAAUACAUCAAAAUUCAGAGUGACUCUCAGCUGGUGGUUAAUCAGGUAUUUGGUUUAUACGAGGUAAAAGAUCCAGAGAUGAAAAAAUACGUGGACCGAGUAAAAGAGCUGCUCGCAAAAAUUACAGAAGAGGGUGGAAAAUGGGAGUUAGAACAAAUACGCAGAGAGGAAAACACAGAAGCAGAUACAUUGGCAAAAGCCGGAGUAGCCAAAGAAACAAUGCCGGGCAUACCGUGCUCGGUUCAAAAUUUCAGCAGUAUCCAGAAUCCUGAAGCAACGUUCCUCAUCAACCCAUUGGACCAGCGGAUGGAACACAUCAUAUCAUACAUCGAAAACGGGAGCCUGCCCGAAGAUAACAAAGAAGCAAAGAAAGUAAAACGCCGAGCACCACACUUCUCAUACCGAGACGGGACUCUGUACAGAAAAUCAUUCUCACACCCCUGGUCCAGAUGCCUCACGGUAGAGGAAGGAAAAUAUGUCUUAGCCGAGAUACACGAAGGUGUAUGUGGAAGCCACAUCUCACACCUGGCACUCUGUCGUAAAGCCGUCUUACAAGGUUAUUAUUGGCCGACACUGGCACAAGACGCAGCAAACCUGGUACAAAAAUGUGAGAAGUGUCAGUACCACCAAAAUGUACACCAUCAACCAACGACCGAACAAAAUCCAAUAAUAAGUCCUUGGCCAUUCAGCAUGUGGGGAAUAGACAUCGUUGGACCUUUUCCAACGUGGGUAGAAGCCGAAGCUGUAUCCACUAUAACAGAAGCACGAGUGCGAAGCUUUGUCCGAAGAGAAAUCAUCUAUCGUUUCGGAAUCCCAAAGACCUUCAUAACCGACAACGAAAAGCAAUUCGACAACAAAAAUUUCAGAGAAUUCUGCACUGAAAAAGGAAUUGAUCUAAGGUUCACAUCGGUCACCCACCCACAGAGCAACGGGAUGACCGAAGUAACCAACCGAACCAUUGUCAAUGGUUUAAAAAAGCGGCUAGACGAGGCAAAAGGUCGAUGGGCCGAUGAGCUACACAGUGUCCUAUGGUCAUACCGAACCACACCGAAAGCUGGCACAGGAAGGACCCCAUAUAGCUUAACCUACGGGUGCGAGGCAAUGGUACCAGUAGAGAUAGGUAUGCCCACCAUCAGAGUCCAAUACUUCGAUGAACAACAAAAUGAAGAUAACACUAGACUCUGA